UGAAAAGGCACCAAAACGUUGGGGAUCAUCAAGAUCACAAUCGCAUUUCCUUAUAUACUCACUGGACCGACGACGACAAUGAAGGACGAGCGGACAAAUGCGCGCAAAGAAUGCGAGAUCCUGGUCCAGAACAUCGCGCAGUCGCAUGCGCGUAUGGCCCCUGGCAUCCAAGUGGCCAUCGAGAAUCAAUGGGACAAUGACUUUUCAGAGUGCCUGCGUGCGUUCGUUGCGGAGAAAGAGGAGGAAAUCCGUGGCGUGUGCAGUUCGCAUUACCAGGAGUUUGUCCAGUCGAUCGAGGACAUUGUGCAGAUCAAAUGCGACGUGAACGAUCUGCAGGCCCAUAUUGACAAGUACCACAAGGAGCUCGUGGACGUCACGACCCCCCUCGUCCAAGGGAACGACAUGGUCGUGGCCUGCCGCAACAUCCGUCAGAACAUUGACACUUCCAUCGAACGUCUGCAGCAGUGCCAGCGCAUCGUCGAAUGCACGGCCAAGGUGGACAAGUACAUCCACGCCAACCAACUCUACCACGCGCUCAAGGUCCUGGACACGAUCAAAGUCGACGUCUCGAGCUUCCGCGGCAACCACUUUGCCAAGCGUGUGAACGACUGGAUCGCAUCCACCAUGACCCAUCUCCGUGCGCUGACCAUGAAGAACACGUCCACGUGGCUCGAAGACAUUCGAAAUGCCGCCAGUUCCAUUGGUGCGCAAGCCAUGAAGCGCGGCGACGAGGCCAUGCCACCGCGUCUGUCGUCGGACGAGUCGGGGGGACUGCAUCUGCCGUCGUUGGAGGAGCUGAGUCUCCACGCCCAGAACAUCCGAGCGACCAACGCCCUACAUGCCGACUACUGCCAGCAAGCGCUAGCCCUGCUCGCCCCCAUGCUCCGCACGCUCCACGUGUACAAGUACCUGCACACGACAUCGGAACUCGCCAAGUUUUACAACACCAAUCGAAUGCCGCAACUCCAAUUCUCGGCCUUCAUCUCUGGAGACAUUGGCACGAUCUCGGCCGACAAGUUUGCCGCCCAGCACGACGACAUGUUCAAGCGACUUGUGGGCACGUUUUGCAUUGAAAAGCUCCUCGCCGUCUACUCGAACGAGAGCUUGUUGUCGAAAAAGGAGGUGAACGCAGCCUGCUUGUCAGUGCUCCAAAGCCUCAGCGGACUCAUGAUGGCACUGACGCUCAAGUUGCAAUCCCCCAAAGUGAUUGUCGACAUCAAGCGAAAUGCGACACUGUGCGCGCGCGCGCUCGGCGACGACGUCCACCAGUUUCCCACGUCCAUUCUACUCGAUGCAUUCCGGGGCAUGGGCGACUUUUACCGCAAGAAGAUCCGAGUCCACAUAAAAGUUAAACUGCGCGAAUUUCUCCUCCAAGACACGUUCCAGCAAGUCCAAGCCACGAAAGCCAACUACGUGGACUAUUUGAAGCUCUGUGGACUGGACAAACAAAGCGACGACUUUCUUCGCACGGCGGAUGCCAAAGGAAAUAUUUACCUUCCGUUCACUGCGGUCGUGCGACGUAGCUGUGAAGCCAUCCACGAAAUGAUCGACAUGAUGUUUGAAUUCGAACGUCACUUGGAUAUUGCGGACUGGGGCUACUUUGUGCGCGAAGACACGUGCGAAGCAUUGAUCGAAUUGAACGUCGUGUUGAACGAGCUCAUUGAAAGCCACUCGGACUUGCAAAUUUCCCAAGCUGUGAUCACAGGCGCCAAUUCGAGCUAUUUGUCUGGUGCGUGCGAUGUGUUUGGCGCGGUGUUGCACGACAAAAUCGACUUGUGGGAACGACGAGCAGUGGCGAUGACGACAGCGGCGGCGGCGGCGCAGACGGCCAAAGGACAGUCAUGUGGCGGAGCUCGAGCGUCGUUGACCAUUGCCAUGGCCAAGAAAAGAUUGGAAAGUACGUCCACACGGGCGCAAGACAUGGUGUGCGAGAUCAUGGUCAAGAAGAUCGACGAUUUGAUUGGGUCGUUUUACUUUUUGGAGUGGGUCCCAGCUGAGCCAACCAAGCAGGCGGACCCGUGCAUGAGUGACCUGAUCAACUACCUCCAAGCGUCAUUUACUCAACUGAAUACGCUGCCAGUUCCGAUCAAAGAAGCAGUGCACUUUGCAUCGUGUAUCCACAUCAACAAGGCUUUGGAGCAGGUGCUCGUAGGGCCCACGGUCAAGAAGGUCAACGUCACUGGCAUUCUCAACUUUAAGCGCAACUUGGAUGCGCUGGUGCAAUACGCUGGCACGUGUGGCGUGGGGCAGCUGAAAGACUGCUUCAUGCCCAUGACCCAGUUGGUGGACUUGAUCGUGUCGGACGACCUGGAGCGAUUGGACCACACCACGUUCAAGUGCGUUGGGUCCAUUCAUUUUCGUGAUUUUAUCCAUAUAUCUUCACACUUUGCCUUGUACUUUAUCAUAUAUGGUGGUGUGUGUGUAUAUGUUGGUAGAAGCGGAGGCAAGUACACGCAUGUGAUGCCCGACCACGUCGUGGCCGUCGUGGAAAAGUUCAAGGAAACGUCCGUGGCGGCGGCGGCGGCGGCAUCGUCGUCCAUGUUCUUCAAAAGCAACAAGUCCAAAGCAGAAACCACGGUCGGACUCAAGAAAUCAGUGAUCGACGCCGUGCUCAAACAGCUCAAGACCAUUGGACCCAUGCACAAAUAAAUAUACCGACAAGAAUAUAAUAUGCAUUGUCAUAGUGGUUGAAUGCGGAAAAUCAUCCAUAUGUCGUUGGACAUCUGGUUAUUGUGUUGGAAGCAGCAAUGGACGGGUAGUCGCCAAGUGGGGCAUGAGUGUCAGCUGGGGGUAUUG